AUGAAUAUGAAUGACAGUUUCUUUGACAAAAUAGAAGUUGUGAAUUAACAACUAAUUACAUAUAGUAAACCAUAAACUAUUUGUAAAUCUUUAGAACGUUCAUUCGCAAUGUGCAGCAAUCCACCUAAGUAUGUAUGCCUUUGAAAUUUAUAAUUUCAGCAAAAUAAUUUAGCAACAAACUUAAUUUCAUAAUAAUGACACUGCUAUAUCUAGAAACUAAUCAUAUAAAUUAGAUUAUUUUUUAAAAUAAUAAACAAAAAGUUCUUAAAAUAAUACUUAAUCUAAAAGUUAUCGUAGUAUAAGAUAAUAAGAUUAUAAUACUAACAAUAUAAGUUAAAAUCCAUAAAGUAAAAGAAUAAUAUAUUGAUUUAGAAUCCUAUUUGAAGCAAUAAAUGAGAUUAAAAAUAAAUUUAGAAAAUGAUGCCUAUUAAUCUAAUUUGAGACAUAAAACUUCAUCUUCACAUAACACUACAAAUCCUUAUUAGGCAUCUUUAGCUAAUUUAAUGAAAUAAUAAGUAAUUUAUAAUCUUAAUCAAUCAAGAUGUAAAAAUAAUAAUAAAGUUUUGCUAAUAUAUGCAAAACCUUAAAUGACGAAUCUAAACCAAGAAUCCCCUCCACACAUAGAUUAUCUAUAAUUCCUCAAAAAUUGACUUAGAGAUAAGACUCUGUGAAUAUAAGAAAGAGUAAUUCUGUAUAUAUGCAGGAAUUUAGAAAGGUUUUUAGUAAAAGUAAAUAUAGUUUUCACAAUAAUAUUUGA